UCCAAGUGCACCAGCAAGAGUCACUGAAGUCCACCAUCACAUGAAAGGCAAAUUUUGAUUUUUCUUGUUUGCUCCUGGGGGAAAAAUGAAGCACGGUCGACCCAUGGAGCUUCCAGAGGAUUUCUGGAUCCCCGUCCCUUUGGAUACGAACAACAUCACGACUCUCAGCCCCUUCCUCGUCCCCCAGGACCAUCUAGCAGGCUCAUCCACCUUCUACGCCAUGGCCGUAUUCAUGUUUUUUGUAUUUGUUAUGGGCACUAGCAUCAAUACACUCACCAUCCUGUGCACGGUGAAAUACAAGAAGCUCCGGUCCCACCUCAACUACAUCCUGCUGAACUUGGCUCUGGGGAACCUUCUCGUGUCCUGUGUGGGCUCCUUUGUUGGCUUCUGCGCAUUUUCAGCCAGAUACUUCAUUUUUGGAGCGCUUGCAUGCAAGAUUGAAGGUUUCAUGGUGACACUUGGUGGUAUGGUCAGCUUGUGGUCUCUGGCUGUGAUAGCUUUUGAAAGAUGGCUUGUCAUCUGCAAGCCAUUAGGUAACUUUAUUUUCAAGCCUGACCAUGCUAUAGCUUGCUGCGUAUUCACCUGGGUGUUUGGACUUAUUGCCUCAACUCCACCUCUGUUCGGAUGGAGCAGAUACAUCCCGGAGGGUCUGCAGUGCUCCUGUGGACCGGACUGGUACACCACAAACAACAAAUACAACAAUGAAUCCUACGUGAUGUUCCUUUUCUGCUUCUGCUUUGCUGUUCCCCUCACCACCAUCAUCUUCUGCUACUCACAGCUUCUCAUCACAAUGAAAAUGGCCGCAAAGGCUCAAGCGGAGUCUGCCUCCACCCAGAAGGCAGAGAAGGAGGUGACCAGGAUGGUGGUGGUCAUGGUGAUGGGCUUCUUGGUGUGCUGGUUGCCCUACACCACUUUUGCUCUGUGGGUCGUGAACCAUCGUGGGCAAACAUUCGACCUGAGGUUUGCUACAAUGCCAGCUGUCUUCUCCAAAUCCUCUGCGGUCUACAACCCUAUCAUCUAUGUUUUACUCAACAAACAGUUCCGUUCAUGCAUGAUGAAGAUGGUGGGAAUGGGUGGAGGUGAUGAUGACGAAUCUUCAACAUCAUCGACCUCAGUCACUGAAGUCUCCAAAGUUGGGCCUGCUUAGACUGAACCUCCACAACGUUUUCCACAGUGUUUUCUUUUUAUUUUCAAAAUACCUCUGCACUGGCGACUGACAAUUUGUGUAAUGUAAAUAUGUAAACAUGAUGAUGUUUUGUGCGAUAAAUUGCAUUAAGUGCAAUAGAGGGCUGUAGUGAAUAAUUAACAUAUCUUUUACACAGCAAAUAUAAAAAAAAUAAAAAUGUUUGGAUCAAGAAUUAGCAAUA